CCACCUCCGUAGUGGACGUCACGAUGAACGCACCUGCAGGUGUCAAGGCUGAGGCCGCCGCUGCCACAGACGCGGCGCCCAGCCUGGUCAUCUCCAACCUGAACUACGCGUACCCGAUGGGCGAAAAGAUCAUCAAGGACUUCUCACUCACCCUCCCUCCCGGUUCGCGAUGCCUGCUGUCGGGCGCGAACGGCGCGGGCAAGACCACGCUGCUCCAGGUCCUCGCCGGCAAGACCAUGGUGCCCACCGAGGACGUCCGCGUCAUCGGGCGUCCCCCCUUCCACGACACCGAACUGACCUGCUCCGGCGACCUCGCGUACCUCGGAGCGCAGUGGCGUCGCAACGUGGGCAGCGCCGGGUCCGUUCCUCUGGCGGGUGACAUCAGCGCGGGUAAGAUGAUCUUCGGCGUGGAGGGCAUCGACAAGAACCGCAGGGCUGACCUCAUCGAUAUCCUCGACAUAGACGUCGACUGGAACAUGAUGCGGGUCAGCGACGGCCAAAGACGGCGGGUCCAGAUCUGCAUGGGCCUCCUCAAGCCUUUCAAGGUGUUGCUGUGCGACGAGAUCACCGUUGACCUUGACAUCCUGGGCCGGUUGGACCUCCUGAACUUUUUGAAGCAAGAGUGCGAGCAACGGGGUGCGACUGUGGUGUACGCCACGCACAUCUUCGACGGCAUGGAACCGUGGAUGACCCACAUCGCGUUCACCAGCGACGGCAAGCUGGUGCACGGCGGGAAGAAGGAGGACGUCGGCGAUCUGAAGGGGGUCAGGCACCUCUUAUCGACGGUGUACGACUGGCUGGUGGUGGACAGGAACGACAGGAAGGAACGCGAGAAGCUGGAGAAAGCGAACCCCAAGCCCAAAUCCAGCCUGGAGAGCAGGUUCGGGUCCAGACACAUGGCGUAUUACCGAUGAUUCGGUCCCCGCCGCGUCGUCGCGCACUACGCCGGGGGCGAGCGCACCCGGGACGUUGUUUGAUUCAUUCUUAGACACCCCGUUCCGCGCGGGUAUUCUUUGCACGCAGUACUUGUAGACUGAAUGGUGGACAUCCACCUAGGACGCUUUUUGCUAGUCGCUUAUUGUUUCAAUAGACUGACGAGUUGACAUCGAU